AUGAAGCUGCUCCUGCUCUUCAGCUUGGUGGCCCUGGCACAAUGCAUUCCCCACAGGAUCCCCCUGCGGAAGGGCAAGACCCUGCGGCAGUCCCUGCAGGAGCACGGCUUGCUCGAGCGCUACCUCAAGCAGCAUCCCUACAACCCGGCUGCCAAGUACUCCAAGUACUACAGCUCCGGCGUCUCUACUGAGCCCAUGCAGAACUACAUGGAUAACUCCUACUAUGGCACCAUCUCCAUCGGCACCCCACCCCAGGAGUUCACCGUCAUCUUUGACACCGGCUCCUCCAACCUGUGGGUGCCCUCCGUGUACUGCGCCAGCAUCGCCUGCAGCAACCACAAACUUUUCAACCCAGCAAAAUCCUCCACCUUCAUCAGCACCAACGACAGCAUCUACAUCGCCUACGGCACCGGCAGCAUGUCUGGUAUCCUGGGCUACGACACCGUCAGGGUUGCAGACAUCGACGUCAACAACCAGGUCUUCGGGCUGGCAGAGAGUGAACCUGGUGACACCUUCUACUACAGCCCCUUCGAUGGCAUCCUGGGGCUGGCCUACCCCAGCAUCGCCUCUGAUGGAGCCACCCCUGUCUUUGACAACAUGAUGAGUGAAGGUCUUGUGGCCAGAGACCUCUUCUCUGUCUACCUGAGCAAGGAUGAGAGUAGCGGCAGCUUUGUCCUCUUUGGUGCCAUCGACCCCUAUUACGUCACCAACGGCAUCACCUGGAUCCCCCUCUCUGCUGAGACCUACUGGCAGAUCACCAUGGACAGUGUGGCUAUGAAUGGUGAGGCUGUCGCCUGCGCCUCCAGCUGCCAGGCCAUCGUGGACACGGGCACCUCGCUGCUCACCAUGCCCAACAACGACCUCACCAAUCUCUUCAAUGCCCUUGGUGCCUACUCCAACGGCGAGAUCGACUGCGACGCUGUGGACACCCUGCCCGACGUUGUCUUCUACAUCAGUGGUGCAGCAUUCCCUGUGACACCCAGUGCAUACGUGGUGGAGGUGAGCAUCCUGCUGGGCUGGGGACUGGGCGGGCUCCAGGGCAUGGAUGUCCCCACCGAGUCUGGGGAGCUCUGGAUCCUGGGGGAUGUCUUCAUCCGUGAGUACUACGUGAUCUUCAACAGGGGCAAGAACAUGGUGGGCUUGUCGCGGCUGGCCUGA